CUUUCCUCCCCACCUCAGGGUUACCAGGGGGGAAGCAUGUACCCGCCCCAGAAGUCCGGGUCAGCCCCCAGCCCUGGCCCACCUGGCCCCGCUCCCCCUGCCGGCCCCUACCAGGCGGGGCCAAGACGACACCCAGACUUUGAGAAGACGCAGCCCCCAGGUUGGAGGACCAACAAUCAGUACGGAGGGUUUGCGGGGCAGAGCCAGCCGGGGCCGCCCCAGCAGCCGUGGAGCAGACCCAAUGACUCCACACCGCCCGGGGCACCGGCCGCACAGUGGAGUCAACCCAGGUUUCCAGGAGCCCAACCUCAGUUCCCGGGAACGGUGAGUGUGGGUCGGGGUUGGUCGGGAGGCAGCUUCACCCAGAAUGUAGGGCCCAGAGCACAGGGCCCAGGCUCCAAACAGAAUUACCUAGUUCCUCCAGGUUCUUCAUUCAAGGCUGGUGCUGGGCUAUACGGCUAUACAGGCAAGCACCAGUUCCCCCUAGACAGUGUGGAGGCGGUGCUGCCAGUGCUGGCUCGCAGAAAACGGAUGACUCGCACUGACCUGCCUACCUGUGACCCCUGGAGGCUUCUCAUGUCCCUCAGGUGUGGGUUAGCAGCUGAGGUGACGUGGGCUCUGGACGUACUCAACAUCCUGCUCUUUGACGACCAGACGGUGGUGUACUUCGGGCUGCACCACAUGCCGGGGUUGCUCGAGGCCCUUAUAGAGCACCUGCGCCGUGGCCUCAUCAACAUGUUCGAUAUCUGCUCGGAGUUGGAGCUCGGGCGUGACGACGAGGCAACGGGAGCCAACAAGAGGGUGAAGGCGGAGCAGCACGAUUUAUCCGACCGGCCUUGGUACCUGCGGCCUCCACCCUCGCCCACCCUUGACCUGGACUUGGGAAGGCUGGACGAUGACGACCCAUCCAACAAGGAGGAGGUGCUGCGCGGGACUGAGGACUUCACCCUCAUCACCAAGACCGGGAAGAGUGUCAAAUUCGUGCGACGGGACGGGGAGCUGUUCCUGCGGGAGGGAGUGCGGGAGUGGGACAAAUGGGAGGGAUUCAGUUCUGGGGUAGACACGUGGUCGGUAGGUGGAGGGGAGUGCACCGCCCACAUCAUCUGUACCAUGCAGAGUGCCGUGCCUCCGCUGGUAUUCACAAGGCUACUCCCAGGGAAGGAUGGCAAGGUGGACUAUCCUCUGCAAACCCGCAUCAAGGAGGAGGUGAAGGAGGAGAUUAAGAAGGAGACGGAUCAGCAGGAGGAGAGUGUGGUGAAGAAGGUGAAGGUGAAGGAAGAAGUAGAGGAGGAACCGAAGCCAGAAGAUAAAGAGGAGAAAAUGGAGGUGGUACGGGUGAAAGAGGAGCUGGAGGAGGAGCAGCAACAGGAGGAGGAGAUGGAGGUAGCGGAAGAAGAGGAGGAGGAGGAAGAGGAGGAUACCUCCAACACCAACUCGACAAAACAGCCUCCCCUUGCACCUCCACUGUCGAAAAAGGACCGGGUGUUGGACCUGCUAGCAGAGAUGAAGGAGAAGCGGGUGGGCAAGAUGGAGGACCAGCUGACGAGGGAAAAGUGUGACAACUCCAAAGACAUCAAGGCCACUUUUGGGCCACGCGUCAACAGAGUCAACAACUCCGGCAAGAGCAAGCUGGAUGAGAUCUUCAAGCGCCUCAACAAGGACUCGUCGCAGGACACCCACAACGCCACCGACAGCAAAAAGCCGGUGAAGGAGGCAAGCAAUGGAGGUCCAGCCCUGAAGAAGGACAGUGAGUCUCAGCCAGCACAGCCCCAGCCACCACCACAGCUGCAACCACAGUCAAAGGAGGACAACAACAGCAGCAGUAACAACACCACUACCACCCCCAACAACACCAACAGCAGCAGUAACAGUAGUAGUGGUGGUGCAACAGCAGCGGCAAAACCAGAGCAGGUAAGCAGUGAAUCAACAGCUACGGAAAAGAAGACUGAGGAGCAGAGCCCAUCCGUGUUGACCAAGCGACCAGCCUCAAAGGAGCAACUGGAGCGGAGGGAAAGCAGCGGCUCACGGCGGGAGAGCGGGUGCUUCAAACGGCCUCACGAGGACCUGGAGGAGGAGUCUUGGGGUCCUGAUGAGGCGUCACUGAGCACCACCACUGAGGGGCAGGACUGGCUGGCGCGCCGUGUCAUCUGCGUCGGCACAGUGAUCCGUAACCUGUCCUUCAUCCCCGGCAACGAGGACAUCAUGAGCAAGUCUGCCUCACUGCUAGCACUGCUGGGCAAGACUAUCCUGCUCCACCAUGACCACCCUCGCCGCACGCCCUCCACAGCACACUAUGACCGCGACGAAGAGGCCGACCUGAGUGACUGGUGCAGCUCGCUGGCCCCUGACACACACUGGUGGUGGCCGUACCUCCACCACGUGCACGAGAACACCUUGGUCACCCUCGCCAACAUGGCUGGCAACCUGGACCUCUCCGUGUACCCCGAGGAGAUCUCCCGCCCCCUGCUGAAUGGCCUCCUGCACUGGGCCACGUGUCCUGCCUCCUACGGCCAGGAUCCCUUCCCGGGGGGCGGCACCUCCCCACAGUCGUCCCUGUCGCCGCAGCGGCUGGCCCUGGAGGCACUGGUGAAGCUGUGUGUGCUGGACCAGAACACUGACCUGGUGCUUGCCACGCCGCCCUUCACCCGCCUCGACAACCUAUGCGGCCAGCUGACUCGUCUCAUGUGCCGCGGCGAGGACCAGGUGCUGCGCGAGUUCUCCAUCAAUCUGCUGCACUACUUCUCUGCUGCGGACAGUGGCGUGGCUCGAGUCAUUGCCAUGCAGAACGGGUGCGUCUCACUGCUGGUGGCCUUCAUCGAGGAGGCAGAGCAAGCAGCCAUGAAUGUGGCCAAUGUGCAGGGGGUGAGUGCCCUCAAAGAGAACCCUGAGCUCAUGGGGACAAGCCUAGAUAUGGUGCGGCGCUCAGCCAACACCCUGGUGCACCUCUCCAGGGUACCAGCCAAUGCGCGGGUGAUCUCUGGCACCGAGAACCGCCUCCUCACGCUUGUCAUGAGCCAAAUCCUUGACACCUAUGUGGCCUCUCAGCUCUCCCAGGUGCUGUUCAAUGUGGCCCAUUUGCAGGGUGAGGCCUCCCAGUACUCCCCCAGCCCAUCCCCACCCUCCUCCCCGGCCCCUGCACAAUCCUCAGACGUCUCUAGCACAGCCACUCUCCCCACACUCCAUCGCCCUCUGCCCAUCCCCCUGUCUGUCCUUCCCCCUGUCUCCCUCCCUGUACCCCCGCCCUCUGCUGCACCUGUAGCCACCCCAGCCCCUGCCCCUGCUACCACCACCACCACCACUCCUGCCCCCACCACAACCACCACCCCAACAACUACUGUCACUGCUCCCUCUACCACAGCCCCGACUUCAACCCCCACUACAAGCCCAACCACUACUACCACCCCUGCCACAACCCCAAACCCCACCCCAGCUUCUGUCCCCGCACCGACCCCAGCCUCAGCAUCAGCCCCCACCCCUGCUGCAGCUCCAGAUGGCCCCACAGACCCCAAGUCCCCAGUAGGUGAUGCCCCCAGCAAUCCAGCCCCUGCUGCAGCCCCGGCCACAACUCCAGUCCCAGCCACCACCACGGCCCCAGCCCCAUCAUCCCCCACCCCAGCGCAGGCCCCAGCCCCUGCCGCAGCAGCCCCCAUCCCCACCUCAGCCCCAGCAGUUAAUCAUGACUCAGCAGCCCCCAGUGAGUUGGAGAAGAGCACUAGCAAUGCCACGUCAUCAGGGAGCCCCAACCCGGAGCCAGCCCCCACCUCAGCCCCCCUCCUCACCCUCCUCCUCCACCACAUCCACAACCACAACCACCACCACCACCACCACCACCACCACUCCCUCCACCCAAUCCUCCACCUCCACCACUACCAUCGCUACAACCACAACCACCACCACCUCCACCACAACAAACGCCUCACACCCCACGGCAUCAUUAAGCUUAGGUAAACACUCCAGCUUAUCUCCUUCCCCCAACCCAGUCCCUGCCACCCCCAACACCCCCCAGAUGGCUCCCCUCCCCGUCAAGACCCUCUCCGCCCCCCCCACACAAACCACAAAUUCAGAUUCGACCUCAAAGUGUGAGCCCCUGGCG